AUGGUUAGCAACACAACCUUGCUGCACAAUCUGAACUUGAGUGCUGAGACCUGUUUUGACAAUGGAAGAUACUAUCAGAUAAACCAGCAAUGGGAGCGCACUUACCUGGGAAACACGCUGGUCUGUACCUGCUACGGUGGAAGCAGAGGGUUUAACUGCGAAAGCAAGCCCGAACCUGAAGAGACGUGCUUCGACAAGUACACUGGAUCCACUUACCGAGUAGGGGAGACAUACGAGCGCCCCAAGGACUCCAUGAUCUGGGACUGUACUUGCAUUGGAGCUGGACGUGGGAGAAUCAGCUGCACCAUUGCCAAUCGCUGCCACGAGGGUGGCCAGUCCUACAAGAUCGGCGAUACCUGGCGCCGGCCCCAUGAGACUGGCGGCUACAUGCUGGAGUGCGUGUGCCUGGGCAACGGGAAGGGCGAGUGGACCUGCAAGCCCGUGGCUGAGCGAUGCUACGACAACGCGGCCGGGACGUCCUAUGUGGUUGGCGAGACGUGGGAGAAGCCCUACCAGGGCUGGAUGAUGGUGGACUGCACCUGCCUGGGGGAGGGCAGUGGCCGCAUCACCUGCACCUCCAGAAACAGGUGCAAUGACCAUGACACCAAGACUUCCUACAGAAUUGGAGACACCUGGAGCAAGAAGGAUAACCGUGGAAACUUGCUUCAGUGCGUCUGUACCGGUAAUGGCAGAGGUGAAUGGAAAUGCGAAAGACACACAUCCCUGCAUACGACUAGCACUGGAUCUGGCUCUCCCAGCUUCACGAAUGUGCAGACUGCGUUGUACCAGCCCCAGCCUCAACAGCCCCAGCCUCAACCGUAUGGCCAGUGCAUAACUGAUAACGGAGUGGUGUACUCUGUGGGUAUGCAGUGGCUCAAGACACAGGGUAGCCAGCAAAUGCUUUGUACCUGCCUGGGCAAUGGAGUCAGCUGCCAGGAAAUAGCUGUAACCCAGACAUAUGGCGGCAAUUCUGAUGGAGAAGCUUGUGUUCUGCCUUUCACCUAUGAUGGGAGGACUUUCUACUCCUGCACCACUGAAGGCCGCACAGAUGGCCACCUCUGGUGCAGCACCACUUCCAACUUUGAACAGGACAGGAGAUACUCCUUCUGUACUGAGCAGAACGUUUUGGUCCAGACACGUGGUGGCAAUUCCAAUGGUGCUCUAUGCCACUUCCCCUUCCUGUACAACAACCGCAACUACACUGACUGCACUUCUGAGGGACGGAGAGACAACAUGAAGUGGUGUGGAACCACCGAGAACUAUGAUGCUGACCAGAAAUUUGGUUUCUGCCCUAUGGCUGCCCAUGAAGAAAUCUGCACAACCAAUGAUGGUGUCAUGUACCGUGUUGGGGACCAGUGGGAUAAACAACAUGACAUGGGCCAUAUGAUGAGAUGUACUUGUGUAGGAAAUGGCCGCGGAGAAUGGACUUGCAUUGCCUAUUCCCAGCUCAGAGACCAGUGCAUUGUGGACGGUAUCACCUAUGAUGUGAACCAGACCUUCCACAAGCGUCACGAUGAGGGGCACAUGCUGAACUGCACAUGCUUUGGCCAGGGCCGUGGGAGAUGGAAGUGUGAUCCUGUUGAUCAGUGCCAGGAUUCAGAAACCCGUACCUUUUACCAAAUCGGAGAUUCAUGGGAGAAGUACGUCCAUGGUGUCAGAUACCAGUGCUAUUGCUAUGGUCGUGGUAUUGGAGAAUGGCAUUGCCAGCCUCUGCAGACCUAUCCUGGGUCAGCUGGGCCUGUUCAGGUGAUCAUCACAGAGAGUACAAAUCAGCCAAACUCCCACCCCAUCCAGUGGAACGCUCCUGAACGAUCUCACAUCACCAAGUACAUUUUGCGCUGGAGACCGAAAAACUCUGGAAGGCAGUGGAAGGAAGCCACCAUCCCCGGCUACCAGAACUCCUACACCAUCUCAGGCCUGAAGCCUGGUGUGAUAUAUGAAGGACAGCUCAUCAGUGUUCAGCGGUAUGGCCACAAAGAAGUCACCCGCUUUGAUUUUACCACAACCAGCACCACAGCAGUGACAAGCAACACUGUUUCAGGAGAGACGACUCUUCUUCCUCCCGUGGUUGCCACUUCAGAGUCAGUCACUGAAAUCACAGCCAACAGCUUUGUUGUCUCCUGGGUUUCUGCUUCUGACACAGUUUCUGGAUUCCGUGUUGAGUAUGAGCUGAGUGAGGAGGGCGAUGAGCCACAGUAUCUUGAUCUUCCAAGCACAGCCACUUCUGUCAACAUCCCUGACUUGCUUCCUGGUCGCAAGUAUAUUGUUAAUGUCUAUCAGAUAUCUGAAGAAGGAGAGCAGAAUCUGAUCCUGUCUACUUCACAGACUACAGCUCCUGAUGCACCUCCUGAUCACACCGUGGAAAGUGUAGAUGACACAUCAAUUGUCAUUAGCUGGAGCAGGCCACAGGCUCCAAUCACAGGCUACAGAAUUAUCUACACACCCUCCGUGGAAGGCAGCAGCACAGAGCUUAACCUGCCUGACACUGCAACCUCUGUAACACUCAGUGACUUGAUGCCGGGUGUUCAGUACAACAUCAGCAUCUAUGCAGUGGAAGAAAAUCAGGAGAGUACUCCUGUCUUCAUCCAACAGGAAACCACAGGCGUCCCACACACAGAUGAAGUUCCUUCACCCAAAGAUCUGCAGUUUGUGGAGGUUUCUGAUAUCAAGAUCACCAUCAUGUGGACCCCACCACAGAGCCAAGUCUCUGGCUAUCGAGUGGAAGUGAUCCCUGUCAAUCGCCCUGGCCAACAUGGUCAGAGACUGCCUAUCACCAGGAGCUCUUUUGCUGAAGUUGUUGACCUGCUCCCAGGAACAACCUAUCUCUUUAAGAUCUUUGCUGUGAGCCACGGCAGGGAGAGCAAACCUUUGACUGGAGAGCAAACCACCAAGCUCGAUGCCCCCACCAACCUGAGAUUUCUCAAUACCACGGAGCAUUCAGUGUUAGUGUUGUGGACACGGCCCCGUGCUGUGAUCACAGGAUACCGGCUGACUGCAGGUCCUACAAGAGGAGGUCAACCAAGGACCUACAAUGUGGGACCUUCUGCCACCAAGUACCUUCUCAGGAACUUGCAGCCUGGCACUGAGUACACAGUGUAUCUUGUGGCUGUUAAAGACGACUUGCAAAGCACCAGAGAGACUGGAGUCUUCACGACUUAUCAGCCUGUUGGCUCUGUUCCUCCUUUUAACACAGAAGUGACUGAGACUUCUAUUGUCAUCACCUGGACACCUGCCCCAAGGAUUGGUUUCAAGCUGGGUGUGCGCCCAAGCCAAGGUGGAGAGGCUCCUCGGGAGGUCAUCUCUGAUUCUGGCAGCAUCGUGAUAUCUGGCCUGACCCCUGGAGUGGAGUACACCUACAGCCUCACAGUCCUGAUGGACGGCCAGGAGAGAGAGACUCCAAUCAUCAGGAGAGUGAUUACACCAUUGUCUCCACCAACCAACCUGCGCCUGGAGCCCAAUCCUGAUACUGGAAUCCUGGUAGUCUCUUGGGAUAGAAGCACAACUCCAGGCAUCAGUGGGUACCGAGUGACCACGGCUCCUACCAAUGGGCAGCAGGGCUCUACCUUGGAGGAAGUAGUAGGUGCAGAUCAGACCACUUGCACCUUUGAAAACCUAAACCCUGGUGUGGAGUACAAUGUCAGCGUUUACUCGGUCAAGGACGACCAGGAGAGUAUCCCCAUCUCCGAAACCAUCACACAAGAGGUGCCCCAACUCACUGACCUAAGCUUUGUUGACAUAACUGACUCAAGCAUCGGCCUGAGGUGGACCCCGUUAAAUGCCUCCACCAUUAUUGGUUACCGCAUCACAGUAGUUGCGGCAGGAGAAAGUGUCCCUAUUUUUGAAGAUUUUGUGGACUCCUCAGUAGGAUACUACACAGUCACAGGCUUGGAGCCGGGCAUUGAUUACGACAUCAGUGUAAUCACACUCAUUAAUGGCGGAGAGAGCGCCCCUACCACUCUGACACAGCAAACGGCUGUGCCUCCUCCCACUGAUCUCCGCUUCACUAAUGUGGGGCCUGAUACUAUGAGAGUGACUUGGACUGCACCAACUUCCAUCGUGCUGAGCAGUUUCUUGGUGCGCUACUCACCUGUGAAGAAGGAGGAAGAUGUUGCAGAGCUGACAAUUUCACCCUCAGACAACAUGGUGAUCUUAACAAAUCUGCUCCCUGGUACUGAAUAUCUGGUGAGAGUCUACAGUGUUUCUGAGCAACAUGAGAGUGCACCUUUGUCUGGAAUCCAGAAAACAGGUCUUGAUUCCCCCACUGGCCUUGACUUCUCGGAUAUAACUGCUAACUCUUUCACUGUCCACUGGAUUGCUCCUCGUGCCACCAUUACGGGUUACAAAAUCCGGCAUCACCGAGAGCACGCUGCUAGCAGGCCCAAGGAGGAUCGCGUGCCCCCCUCACGGAACUCCAUCACCCUUACCAACCUGCUUCCAGGGACUGAGUAUGUGGUCAGUAUCAUCGCCAUCAACGGCAGGGAGGAGAGUGUGCCCUUGGUCGGCCAACAAACAACGGUGUCUGAUGUUCCAAGGGACCUGGAAGUCACCCCCACCAGCCCGACCAGCCUUGUGAUUUCCUGGGAUGCUCCUGCAGUGACAGUCAGAUACUACCGGAUCACUUACGGUGAAACAGGCGGAAGCAGCCCUGUGCAGGAGUUUACAGUGCCUGGCACCAUGUCUACUGCUACCAUCACUGGCCUCAAACCUGGUGUAGACUACACCAUCACCGUGUAUGCUGUAACUGGCCGUGGAGAUAGCCCUGCCAGUAGCAAGCCAGUCACUGUCACCUACAAAACAGAAAUAGACACACCAUCCCAGAUGCAAGUUACCGACGUCCAGGACAACAGUAUCAGCAUCAGAUGGCUCCCUUCAACAUCCCCAGUCACAGGGUAUCGGGUGACGGCUGUCCCCAAGAAAGGACAUGGGCCCACAAAAACUAAAAAUGUCCCUGCAGAUCAAACACAAGUCACUAUUGAAGGUCUGCAGCCCACAGUUGAGUACAUGGUCAGUGUCUACGCUCAGAAUCAGAAUGGAGAGAGCCUCCCCUUGGUUGAGACAGCUGUCACCAACAUUGACCGCCCUAAAGGACUAACAUUCACUGAGGUGGAUGUUGAUUCCAUCAAAAUUGCUUGGGAAAGCCCGCAGGGGCAAGUCACCAGGUACAGGGUGACCUACUCAAGCCCUGAGGAUGGAAUCCAUGAGCUAUUGCCGGCCCCAGGUGGCGAAGAAGACACUGCUGAGCUGCAUGGCCUCAGGCCAGGUUCUGAGUACACUAUCAAUAUCGUUGCCAUAUACGAUGACAUGGAGAGCCUGCCCCUCACUGGGACCCAGUCCACAGCAAUUCCACCUCCAACAAACCUGAAGUUUACUCAGGUAACUCCCACCAGUCUUACCAUCAACUGGAAUGCACCAAACGUUCGCCUCACUGGCUACAGAGUCAGAGUGAACCCCAAAGAAAAGACUGGUCCUAUGAAAGAAAUCAACCUUUCUCCGGACAGUACCUCUGCUGUCGUGUCUGGAUUAAUGGUAGCAACCAAGUAUGAAGUGAGCGUGUAUGCCCUGAAGGACUCGCUGACCAGCCGACCAGCUCAGGGGGUGGUCACCACCCUUGAAAAUGUUAGUCCCCCUCGCAGGGCCCGUGUGACAGAUGCCACUGAGACAACCAUCACCAUUACCUGGAGAACCAAGACUGAGACCAUCACUGGCUUCCAAGUUGAUGCUGUCCCAGCAAGUGGCCAGAACCCCAUUCAAAGGACCAUCAGCCCUGAUGUUAGGACUUACACUAUCACUGGCUUGCAACCUGGCAAUGACUACAAGAUCUACCUUUACACUCUGAAUGAGAAUGCACGCAGUUCCCCAGUAGUGAUUGAUGCCUCCACUGCUAUUGAUGCUCCUUCUAACCUGCGCUUCCUUACAACCACAAGCAACUCCCUCCUGGCUACCUGGCAGCCUCCACGAGCCAAGAUCACAGGCUACAUCAUCAGAUAUGAGAAACCUGGCUCACCAGCCAAGGAGGUUCUGCCUCGCCCUCGGCCCGGCACCACCGAGGCUACUAUUACUGGUUUGGAACCAGGAACUGAAUACAUCAUCUACAUCAUUGCUGUGAAGAACAAUCAAAAGAGCGAACCACUGGUUGGCAGAAAAAGGACAGAUGAGCUUCCCACGUUGAUUACCAGACCGCACCCCAACCAACCCGACAUUCUCGACGUACCUUCCAUUGAUGAGGGGACCCCUUACCUCACAAACAAUAGGUAUGACAAUGGAAACGGUAUCCAACUUCCAGGCACCUCUGGGCACCCACAGACAAUAGGACACCAGGGUCAACAAGUCUUCUUUGAGGAGCACGGCUACAGACGGCCUGUACCCACUACAGCAACUCCCCUUAGGCCGGGGUCAAGACGGCCACCACCAAACGUAGAUGAAGCGAUUGAAAUCCCUGGGUACCAAGUGCCUAUCAUAGUUGAACCUUCAUACCCGCACUCCCGUGGGCCCAGGCGCAAUGACACCACAGGUCAAGAAGCUCUUUCUCAGACAACCAUCUCUUGGAGGCCAUUGCUGGAGAGCUCUGAAUACAUCAUCUCAUGUCAGCCAGUCAGCCAGGAUGAAGAUACUCUGCAGUUCAGGGUUCCCGGAACUUCCUCCAGUGCUACGCUCACUGGCCUUACAAGAGGGGCCACCUACAAUAUCAUAGUGGAAGCCCUGAAAGAUCACCGCAGACAAAAGGUGCUGGAGGAGGUGGUCACAGUUGGCAAUACUGUGUCUGAAGGACUAAACCAGCCAGCUGACGAUACCUGCUUUGAUACUUACACUGGCUCCUUCUAUUCCAUUGGCGAGGAAUGGGAGCGAUUAUCUGAAACUGGCUUUAAACUCUGGUGCCAGUGUUUAGGCUUUGGCAGUGGUCAUUUCAGAUGCGAUUCUUCUAAGUGGUGCCACGAUAAUGGUGUAAACUACAAGAUCGGGGAGAAGUGGGACCGGCAGGGGGAGAAUGGCCAGAUGAUGAGCUGCACCUGCCUUGGAAAUGGAAAAGGAGAAUUCAAGUGUGAACCUCAUGAGACUACGUGCUACGAUGAUGGGAAAAUGUACCAAGUCGGAGAGCAGUGGCAGAAGGAGUACUUUGGGGCCAUCUGCUCCUGCACUUGUUAUGGAGGACAGCAGGGCUGGCGUUGUGACAACUGCCGCAGACCCAGCGUGGAGGUGGCCCCUGAAGGCUCUGCUGGCCAUACCUACACACAGUUUACACAGAGAUACCACCAGGCCACAAACACCAACGUCAACUGCCCAAUUGAGUGUUUCAUGCCCCUAGAUGUACAGGCAGACACACAACAUCCACGGGGAAAGUAACAUCCAGCAAGACUUCUUGCGGCAAUGGCAACAGACAAACCAAAGUAUAAAUCCCCAUCUGCCACGAUUACCAUCCAAACUGGAGUGAUGCUAGCAAAACCGCAUCUUUUGAGAAUGGCCCUCUGCUCUGGAGCCAUUUUCCCAGCUUAAGCUCAACUCACAGCUUCUCCAAGCGCCACUCUUGGGGUGUUUCAGACUUUUCUCAUGAUUGAUAGCGAUUGUCUUGUUCUUGCUCGGUGUGUUGAAUACCAGUCAGUAUUUUCAAAAUUAAAGAAAAAAGGGGGGAGAUGCUAAAUCACAAAUUGGUGGGGGAUCAAAAUAUUAAGGGGGAGGGAGGGUGUAGAAAUUCAAGGUUCCCAUACUAUGCAAAGAACAUUUGAGUACAACGUUACUGAAGUUUAGCGAUAGGAAAGUCCACCGAACACUUCUGCUUUCACAUAAGCGUGCAGCCAGCAAUAAGAUAGGAACAGCAAAUCCAGUCACUGUGAUAUUUAAAAUAUGCACAGUCCUAAUUCUUUCUCAAUGAUCCUAGUAUUUUUCUAGCUGUAUCUUUAUAUCUCAUACUGUUAUUUAUCAGUUUUGUUCCCCUGACCUUCAAGUGUUUUUAUAUGGGAAUAAAAUGUAUUGAAGACACUUAGUAUGCAGUUGACAAAGAGGAAUUUGGUGUAAUUAUGAUCAGUGAUUAUUUUUAUACUGUAAGUGCCAAAGCUUUACUACUGUGGAAAAGAAAAAACAACUCUUUUAAUAAAAAGAUUUACAAACCAGA